AUGUUGUUCUGCUGCAAGGCUCAAGCUGUGAAUGUCUAUAUACUCCCUCCAACUGCCCUGUUGAUGCGAUUUGUGCUGAUGAGGGGUCCACUGAAGUUCGAUGGCAGUCCAACCCUGAUGACUGCAGCAACUUUGCCCAUGCUGGUCUUCUGUAUGAACCGCAUGUCCAUUGAUGAGCGCCUGGGAUCUUUCUCCUUCUUCCUGGCGGUAGCCUUGGUUGCUCUUGGGCUUGUUUGUGGUCUCAGCCCUGCCUUCUUCCCACGAGUGGACCAUCCACUGCACCAGCUGGAUCGAACACGAUGGAGGUUGUGGAGGCAUUUGCCUCUUCACCCUGGUUUGCUUUGGGCUCCAAUGGUUCUCUGUAUGUGUUCCUGCGACAACGUCCGGAAAGGCAUUUGA